GCUUGAUUCUUUACAAAGUUAGAUCACACGGCUUAGUCCCAGCGUGCAUAUAUCACCUCCACAGCAACAGCUUCUGUGAAGUUUAGUGUGAGAUACAGCAACGGAGUAAUUGAGUUGUGCUUUAUUUGCUCAGUCAUGCCUGAAGAGGUGACUUACGCUACUCUCAAAUUUCCAGAUUCUCCUAAGAUGAAGACCCUCCAGGAGAGCUAUAGUCAAAAGAGAGCAGACAAUCAAGAAGUGCAAGAGUUGGAGCUGCAUGGUGGAGCUGAAACUGGAACAGAGCGAAUUAAGAGUACAGUUAAGUUGUCCGAGAGCAGAGGACAGAGGGCUUCAUCAUGCAAGCGGUACCAAUUUCUGUGUAUUUCACUAAUGCUGCACCUGGUAUUGCUGGCUAGCCUGGGAACCCUGGAGUUAAUGUGUUACCAGCAAUUCAUCCUAUGCACUAAAGGCACAACAUCUGAACCACCACAAAGUAUAACGGAACAGUUGAAGAGAAAUCUGACUUUAUGUGUGGAGAUGUAUAACAAUGUCUCAAGUGAGCAUAUCAUUUCCAAAAAUCUGUCAGAAAACAAAAUAAGAAAGUUGAAAAAUCUAGUCUCCCAAUACUGCAAAGACUUAAAGCAGAAGAGGAAAGACCCCACAUGCUCAAAGUUAUGGAUAUCACAUGGAGAGAAAUGUUACUACUUUUCUACUGAACAAAAGAAUCAUUUUUGUUUUGAGAAGAAUAACAGUGAUUGUACAAUGAAUCAUUCCCUUUUAAUGAGUAUUAACAAUGAGAUGAAUUCAAAUAGAGCCCAGUCUGUAUUAGGAUUUGUGCUGUUCAUUCACUGUCUUCCAUCACCAAACUCCUCGGUGGAGCUGAAUUGUACUCUCAACCACGAAAGUUAGACAGCAGAGAAUGGUUCCAAGUUCUGCAUUAACUUGUCUGACAUCCCCAUAAGUAUUUCAAGUGUUGAAACAUUGAAAUAUGCAGUAUUCAAUGGAAAGAAAAUAAUUGGAAAAUCUAACUAGUAUAGCAGUUACUAUUAUUUGUGAAAAGAAAUUAAAUAUGACAAACUGUCAGUCCCAGAAAAUUCAAGCACUCCUAUGUUAUGCGACCAUAAAAAUGACUAUGCAAGUGAAGUCGUGCAAAGAAUCUUCACAAUCAAAGGGAAAAAAAUACGAUUGCUUUGUGACCUUUAAAACUUUUAUCAAAACAUUAAAAACUCCGUUACUGUUGAUUAUAAAUACACAGGAAAUGAAAAAAUAGUAAAACUAACAUGAUUUAGUACACUGUAAUUUAAAACUUUAGAAACAUUGAAAAUUAAAGUUUUUCUUUCUUUUAUCAAGAA